UUGAGUAUUGACAAGCAGAAGUGUUGUUUCUUGUGAGCAAUAGCAUCAACGAAGCUAAUUCGAAACACCUAACAAGCCAACAGCCUACAAAAUAAUGGAAAUCUUUCUUAUAAUGUUAGUGGAUUCAUCGAUACUCCUAAAUUGAUACGUGAAGGAUUCUAGUUGUAGCAUUUAAAUUUCACCGAGUAAAAUGGAAACAUAUGAUGACAAAAACAUUCUACUCAUCAAGGAAGAACCAUUAAACAAUCCAGUAGCGUUUGUCUCUCCAGCAAAAAGUUUCCCAAAGCCACACCACUGCGAGAUAUGUGGUAAACAAUUUACCCGUAAAAAUUAUUACGACAAACAUGUUUUGAAGCAUGGAAACGAAAAACCAUUUAGUUGCGAUCUUUGCGAAAAGAAGUUUUUAUACAAGAGUGCCUUAAAAACCCAUAUGGUCGUCCACACUGAUGUCAAACCGUAUAAAUGCGCUAUUUGCGGAAAAGAUUUUAUUGCUAAACACUUUCUGACUGUACAUAUGUCUAGUCAUACGGGUGAUUAUCGACAUAAAUGUGAUAUGUGUGGCAAAGGAUUCACUUCUAGUACACUUCUGAAGAGACACGAGAGUGUUCAUACGGGUGAUAAUUCGCACAAAUGCCUUGUUUGCGGAAAAGAUUAUUCCAAUAAAGGCCAUUUUACGCGGCAUAUGUCUACCCACGAAGCCGUAUAUGAACAUAAUUGCGAUGUGUGUGGCAGAGGCUUCCAUGAUCGUUCAAAUUUUCAGAAACACUUGCGCAUCCACACAAGAGAGCGACUGUUCAAAUGCAGUAUAUGUGACAAAGAUUUUAAUUGUCAAAUUCGUCUUGUGGAACACAUGCGCCUUCAUACAGGUGAACGACCAUACCAAUGCAAUGUGUGCAAAAACGGUUUUAUCACUAAAAGUAGACUUAAAUAUCACAUGUCUGUUCAUACGGGUGAUUAUCGACAUAAGUGUGAUGUGUGUGGCAAAGGAUUCACAAUGAGCACUGUUUUGAAAGUACAUAGGAACAUUCAUACGGGUGAGCGCCCAUUCAAGUGUACAGUAUGCGAAAAAGGUUUCUCUAGUAAACGUGUUCUUAAACAACACAUGUUUAUUCAUGGAACUGAGUAUCAAUACAAGUGCGAUGUGUGUGGCAAAGGCUUCCAUGGUCUAUCAAACUUUAAGGUCCACGAGCGCGUUCAUACCGGUGAACGACCGUUUAAAUGCACUAUAUGUGACAAAGGUUUUAACUGCCAAAGCCAUCUUGUAACACAUAUGCGUCAUCAUACGGGCGAGCGACCGUACUCGUGCACUAUAUGCGGGAAAAAUUUCAUUGCUAAAAACACUCUAACCGAACAUAUGUCCAUUCAUAAUGACGAAUACAGGUAUACGUGUGAAGUGUGUGGUAAAGGAUUCAUGAUCAAGUCACAAUGGGAAGGACACGCAAAUAUUCAUACGGGAGAGCGGCCUCAUAAAUGUACUAUUUGUAAUAAAGGUUUUACUAACGAAGACUAUUUAAUCAGACACAUAAAGAUUCAUCAGAACAAGUAAUUUUGUCCACCGGUAAAAAGUAUAUAAUAGCUAAUUUGUAUAAUUUUUAACAAUAGUUAGUAGUUGCUAUGAACCAUCAGGAAUUGAAUAAAAAUAUACAACAAUUUUAUCACAUCGUUCUAUAGUUCAUGCUACUUCAUGUUUUUUUUUAAAAAAGGUAAUGGGAAUUUUUCCGUAGAACUAGGGCAACGGCGGCACGAUGCCUCAAAUUUAAAAUGGUUCGGUCGUUGAACGGAAAGAAUGGCCCGCAGCUCAAUUGGUCUGUUUCAAAAACGGCAAAGUUCCGUUAGGUGCAAUGAUUAAUCUGUGUUUCGCAGAUUUUCAAAAGCACACAGAUUCUUGAAUUUCAAAUACAACUUGCGGAAGUGGAUCCGGAUUAUUAUUUUACUCAUAGAUUUGCCAGUGUCAUUUCUACUAGAUGAAAUCUUUUUUUUUUUAUCACAAAAACACAUUUAUUUUAGGAGCGAACACAGCUGAUUUUUGAAAAA